AUGGCGUCUACCUUCUUAGCAGUCGCGAAUCCUCUGAUACAUCGAGGAACUGAAACUACUUCUUUCUCUACUCAAAGACUCUCUGGUUCGACUGAAUUGUUUGUUUGUUUAACAGCAUCUCGUAGAAAUUUCGUUAGAGUCAGUGCAAUUGCAACGAAAUUCGAGCCUUCAAAGGUGAUACCGCAAGCGGAUAGAGUCCUCAUUCGCUUAGAAUCCCUACCUGAGAAAUCGAGUGGAGGAGUAUUGCUGCCAAAAUCAGCAGUCAAAUUUGAACGCUAUCUUCUUGGUGAGGUUCUUUCUGUUGGUGCUGACGUCGAACAACUUGAAGCUGGGAAAAAGGUUCUUUUCUCGGACAUAAAUGCUUACGAGGUGGAUUUGGGAUCAGAUGCAAAACACUGUUUCUGCAAAGCAGGAGACUUGCUUGCAGUUGUUGAGUAGAAUGAAUUGAAUUAUCAGAUUAGUGCAAAAUAUGUAUGACAUUUACAAGUUUUGUUUGACUAAAUCUAGAUAUCUCUAUUCUAGAAUAUUGACUAAUCUUUUCCCCACCAUUAGACUCAUCUCAUGGGUCUAAUAAUAUUCUCAUUUCUCAU